GUCUGCCUAAUUUUAAUGGAUACUAUUCAAGAAAUUAUCAACUCUGAGAAAUCUGAUUUAAAAGAUGUGUUUGAGUUUUUUAUGCGUGACACUAUCAAGCUACCUAAAUCGUCAAAGACCCCAUUGGGAAAAUUCCUGGCCAAGAGCAAAGAAGAAAAUUUAGAAAAUUACUCCAAACAAGAAUUAGUAAACUUGCUGGACACCCAUAUCAGAGAUUUUAUAAUUCUUGAAUUGGAAAAUGAAAUAUUCGAACACUUCUUGCUUAAAAACUGUCCAAGUUUUAACCCAGAUGAAUUUAAAGAUGAUGAACUAUUGCUCAAAUUACAACCUUCAAAACCGAUUAAAUUUUCAAGCAAUGAGUUAGCCCAUAGGAAAGAUAGAAAAAAUGCCUCAGGCAAAAAUUUAUUGAAUUUAGAAGCAUCGGAUGUAAGCAAUUUGCAGUUUUAUAUAAAAGCAAUAGAACAAGAGAUUAAAGAUAUGCACAAUGCAUAUCAAAAGGAUACUGAGAAACAUGAAAAGAAACUCAAUCAGGUGUUAGCAGAGCAGAAGGCACACGAAUUGCAUUUAGAAAAAAUAAAUAAGACAAGAGAAACCUUUGAGAUGUUCAUUGUAAAAACUAAGGACAACAAGACUGUGGUGAAUCCAUCAAAUUUUGCUGAUUUUUUACGACUUGCUAUAAAGCAAGAUAAAGAGGACAUUAGAAGAAUGAAAGUUAUGCUGUACGAACUUGAAGGCCAUUGUAAGCUGCUAAAGCAAUUGUAUAAAGAAAAACCGAGACACAAAGUUGAUCUUGAAAUCAAGGGGAUUGAGUCUGAACAGAUAAAAGCUCAGAUUAAUGAGAAAGCGAAUGAGUUUUUACAAGUGAAGAACCUUCUUGAUCAAUACAACAAAAAGAUUGAGCAAUGUUCAAAAGAGUUAAACGAGAGAAAACAGAUGUUAGCUGGGUUGCAAAAUGAACUGGAUAGUUUAAAAAAAAACAUUUCCUCGUACAAACAUAGAAAAUCGAUGCUUGAAUCAAGCUUAGAACAAGACAUGAUCAAGGCAGAAAAGCUUCCAGCUGAAGGCUUUAAUGAGCAAGACUUUUGGGCUAUAGGACAGGAGGUUCCAGAUCUAUUUUUUUAUACUGCUGGGAAACUAAGUUGUUCACGCACACAAAGGCAGAUUAACAUGUACAAACGAAAGCUCGCUGUUCAAGAAAAUCUGAUUGCUAUGUAUAAAGACAAAUUAAAUUUGAAUGAUGAUAAUAGUGAAAGCUUGGAAUAAUCUGUAAUGCAAGUUAUUAUUAUUAUAUUUUUAAUGAACCAUUUUCAAGUUGUAGUUUGGGGGGCAUUGGUGGCAGCAACGGUUUAGGUACUCAUCACUGUAAGGUUAAGGUCUCUGGUUCAAAUCCAGCAGCCUUGCAUUUGAACCUGACAUACUUACAAUUUUUUUUUUCAAAAACACCGGCACCCUGAGGGUUUGUUGCUGUUGCAAAUUGUAGUUUGUACCAAUGUG